AUGCUCUCGCAGCCCAAAUCAUCCCUCGCCCUGUCUUACGACCUUGCCGUCACGAACACCACCGUCGAUGAGGAGCCGCCUAUCGAGGCAGUUCUGCAAGGAUACUUAGAGUUGCUGAAGACCCUCUACACCAACGGUCUCAGAAUAUUUGCCCUCUUCACACUACCUCAACUCCGCGGCUAUAUCAACACCUAUAACAACGGUGUCGGGGGUACUCUGAAGGAGUUGAAGGGUUGUCACCACGACGUGAGAGAACAGGCCUUCGACACCGCUCCGGCGUUCUGA